CCUUCCACACCUUCCUCCUUAGAGGCAAGACAACAACAGCUGAGGCAGAGAAAGGGUAGAGAAUUGUUGGAGAGCUGGGGCGACCAAUUCCCUGAGGACUCCAGGUGUUUAAAGAAGGGGGCACAUUUGUGAAGAUGGGAACUACACAAGAGGCAGGAGAAAAGACAUUGGCUCUUGGACCUGGUCUCCCCUGACCACUCCCCAGCAGGUGGAGGAAAGGCAGGCCUGCCUAGGUGCCAUCUUCCUGGACUUUGCCAAGUGACAGCUGGGCAGGUCUGUCGGCUUCCAGCCAAUUGUCAUGUGGAAUACCUCUCACCCCUACUGUGUAGGUGGAGCAACUGCCAUAGAGGUAAAUAUGAUGAGCUUGACAUCUCCCCUUCCUCUGCUCCUAGCCCUAACAGUCGGGGUGACCUGUUUCCAGCAAGUGGUGAAGAUGGUAGAAACAUCUACCAGACAAGUUCUUUUCAAGGCCUGUUCUCUGCUCUGCCCCUUAAUUACUAUUCUUCAUUCCUGUGUCUCCUACGUAUAAUCCAGUUCCCUCGAGACAUUACCUAGUUUGUCUCAUGAUCAUCUUUUCUUCCGGGGGCCGGGGACGACCUUAGGGUCAGGGAGAAUGCAGAAGCAGCAGGACUAGGAGCCUCCGCGAGACUUGGAGAACUGGAGCUGAAGGAGGAAUGGCAGGAUGAAGAGUUCCCCAGGUGAGGAGAUUGCUUCCUGAGGAGUCUGACUCUUCUGAAGACCCCGACGAUCCUAAAAGAGACUCACAGGCAGGUACCCCCAGCACUUUAGCCCUGUGUGGCCAGCGCCGCAUGCGUAAACGUCUUUCUGCCCCAGAGUUACGACUGAAUUUGACGAAGGGGCCUGGAGAUAAUGGUGUUUCUCCCAUCCACUCUGUGCCUUCCUCUCCUGAUGACAGUACUGACCUGGAAAUAGAUGAAUUGGAGACACCUUCAGACUCUGAGAAGCUGGACAGUGGACAUGAAUUUGAAUGGGAAGAUGAGCUACCCCAGGCAGAGGGCCUGGGGGCCAGUGAGGCAGCUGAAAGGCUGGGCCAGGGUUGUAUGUGGGACGUGGCUGGAGAAGACGGCCAUCGCUGGAGGGUUUUCCGAACAGGGCAGAGGGAGCAGCGAGUGGACAUGACUGUCAUUGAGCCCUAUAAGAAAGUCCUAUCUCAUGGAGGUUACCAUGGUGAGGGCCUCAAUGCUGUCAUCCUCUUUGCUUCCUGUUAUCUACCCAGAAGCAGCAUUCCCAACUAUACCUAUGUCAUGGAACACUUAUUUAGGUAUAUGGUGGGAACUCUGGAGCUGCUGGUAGCGGAAAAUUAUCUGCUUGUUCAUUUGAAUGGAGGCACAAGCAGGGCUCAAGUGCCACCUCUGAGCUGGAUACGCCAGUGUUACCGGACUCUGGAUCGGCGGCUAAGGAAAAACCUGCGUGCCCUGGUGGUUGUCCAUGCCACGUGGUAUAUGAAGGCAUUCCUGGCACUGCUUCGGCCCUUCAUCAGUUCCAAGUUCACACGAAAAAUUCGUUUUCUGAACAGCCUGGGAGAACUGGGCCAACUCAUCUCCUUGGAUCAGGUCCACAUCCCAGAAGCUGUCAGACGGCUGGACCAGGAUCUCCAUGACUCAGGAAGGACCUAGCCUGGGAUUGGAAUAAAAGGCCUUAGAACCAAGCAAAGAUAUCAGUCUGCCUACACCUUUACCCCUGAAACAUCUAAGCUGUUUUGUAAAUCAUCUCAUCGUCAACCGCAGUACCACGGGAUCUGUACAUCUCAGUGUGUCAUUCCUCUCCAGUCCUUGCCUUCCAAGCAGAGCUUGAGGUCUGGAACCUGAUCUGCUGGUGACUUUCUUUUCAGCAAGGAGUGGUCUUUUGUACGGGCCAGUGCAAAGCUGUGAGUCUUCGUCCUGCUUUAGCUGUAGAACCUGGGGCAGUCACUUCAUCUCCAGGAGUCAUCUGCAUCCUCUUAAAGGAAGGGGCUGAGAUCCCUCCACCUGGGGUAUUCCAGGCGCCCGAUGAGGGGCCAUGGGAAGAGCAGGGCUUCACUGAGCACAGCCAGCCUGCUUGUGGGAGCCAGCAAGGAGUCCAUGGCCCCCCUCCCCCCAAAGCUUGGAGAACCGCUGUCUGCCGCUCAUUCCUUCUUAGUCCUGUCUGCUGCCUGUGAGCCUGGGAAGGAGUGUUUUCAAAACCUUUCUUUAGUCAAUUCAGAUGUGUAGUGCUCAAUAAAUUGCGAGAGAUUGAA